AUCAAUGAGACGGUGAAUAAAAUGAGCACUGCUCUCCGCUCUCGCCCAGUUGUGGGAGAGCUGCUGCUGCCUGCCGCCUGCAACAUCUUUCGUCGGCAUCCCUAUAUUUUGGCGGCAGCGAUAUCCAGCUGCACAGCUAGCGGCGACCAGCCGGCGACCGUGUCAGAAACAACAGCAUCGGUCAGCAGCAUCUGUUAGCCACCAUCAGCAGAACGUCAGCCAGCAGCAGCAAGUCACCGCCAACCGCCGCCAGCAGCAGUAAGUCACCGCCAGCCGCCGCCAGCGGUCCCGACAUGUCGCCGUGGCCGGCCGCCGCGCUGCUCUGGCUGCUGGUGCAGCGGGCAGCUGCCGUGCCGACCCAGCCGCCGUCGGCAGCCGACCAGCUGUCGCAGCUGCUCGGUCCGGUGGUGGAGUCGGCCGUGGCUCGGGCGCUGUCCGACUGGCGGCCGGCGGUGCUGACCGACCUCGGUCGGCUGCAGGCGCGUCUGGAGACCCUGGAGAGCCGGCUGGAGAGGGACGGUGAGAGCCCGCCGCCGGGCUGCGGCGCCUGCCGGCCGCUGACGCUGGCCGCCCUCUGUCAGCCGGCCGGAGCAGGCUCGGAGACCGCGGACACCGAGAGCGAGCCGGUGACCGGCGCCAGGUCCCUGCCGGACACCCCGGCCCCGCCGGAGCCGGUCUGUGACCCAGCUCCGACACCCGCGCCGCCGGACGCCGCGCCUCACCAGGAGCCGGCCGUGCGCGCCUGCGCCCGCUCCUGUCUGCAGCUGCGGGACCAGGGCGGUGACCCUCAGGACGGCGUCUACUGGUUCACCGGGAUGCCGGUGCCGGUGCUGUGCGACUUCAGCCACGACGGCGGCGGCUGGACCCAACGCCGUCCGUGACCUGGGCAACGGCACCCGGUUCGCCUACCGGAUCGAGGCGCAGGCGCAGACCGGUCGCCGGCGCUGGGGAGGGGUCUGGUUCGCCCCGAGAAGCUACAGCUUCGUUCACGAGACUUCGAGCCAGACGGACGUCAGUAUCGUGAGAAUGUUCAACAACUGGGCCUACAAGAACAAGGGCAUCGAGAAGAGGAUGCCGUGGCUGAACACGGGAGGGAUCCAACCUGCCGUUCUGACCACGUCUGUGAGCCCGAAUUCUUACUGGUGGGGCACCCUUGUGACCUAUGAAACCACGACGUCUUACCAGCACAGUCCUUGGAUUCACCCGGAGGCACCGCAGUCCGGCACCAUCCUCUACUGGGUUCGAGAAGAGGCCUUCUAACUUAUCAAAUAAUGAGCUGCUAUUUCUUUAUCGCUUAUUGACAGGAAUAAAUUUAUAGGAAUCAAUCUACAUGAAUGAAAGAUUAAUUACGAAAUGGUUAAAUAUAUACGUCUUUCCUUCAUUUCCAUAUUGCUUAUCGAGACCCAACAUGCACAUAUGUAUGUGGAUAUGAUCAUUGAUGUGGACUUACUGUGCAUGUCCGGUCACACAAUACACACGCGCAGUCUAACGAACAA